AUGCGGACGCUGGCGCGGGACAACGAUGCCGCCGGCGUGGAGGCGCUGCUGCGCCGGGGCGCGCCGGCCGGCUACCAGAACAGGGUGGGGCAGACCCCUUUGCACAUCGCUGCUAUGUGGGGCAGCAUCGAGGCAGCCAAGGUGCUCCUGGAGGCACGGGCGGAUCCAAACACUCCGAACAGGCUCCGGGGCUCCACUCCCUUGCACGCCGCCGCGCUGGGCCGCGGGGUGGCCGAGAAGCGGAGCUUCUGCGCGCGGCUGAUGAUACAGGCCAAGGGCGAUCCACGGCGAGGGGACUUCGAGGGGGAACUGCCCAUGGACAUGGCCACAGACGAGGUGGUGCGUGUGGCCCUGGGCGCUGCACCGCUACUGCUGCACAAGGCCGUGGAGCUGCGGCAGCUCAAGGCGCUGAGUGAGGCGCUGGAGCAAAUCACCUCCGGGGCGGUGGACCUCACACUGGAGACCCAGAAUCCCAGGGGCGAGUCAGCGCUCUUCGCCGCGCGGGCGUGGCCCGAGGGCUUGAAGGUUCUGCUGGAAGCCAGGUGUGACGUCAACACCACCAACCACGCGCGCCGGUCUCCGCUGCAUGUGGCAGUGCUUGCAGGCGAUCUGAGGACAACACAGCUGUUGCUCGAUGCCAAGGCCGAUGUCACCAUCAAAGACAUGGACAUCGACCGCGAUCCUCGCUACAUCAGCAAGAACCAGCAGGAGACGCCGGCGGAGCACCGGACAGCGCUGCACCAUGCCGCGGCGCUUGGCAACCCGCUGUUGGUGAAGUUGCUCUUGCAGGCCAGAGCUUCUGUGGAUGCCGUCGAUUCGCAGCAGAUGACCGCGCCGCCUGGCGAACGAAUCUUUCAGCAGACGGCUCUUUUUUUAGGCUUCGGGUGUGCCGUGUGA